GCGGCCAACAAAUGCAUUGUGUUCCGCCAGUUGUGUGUUCGUCAUAACCGCAUUAACCCAUGACUUGAGCAAUGAAGCUGACAAGGGAGGUGUGUAUUGGUGGAACGGUAGUGCUGGUCUGUGGGAUCGUUGCAGCCGGAAUCGCAUGGGCUCUGCUGAGGAGUCUUGACGACUUGCCGCCACCCAGUCGUCAGACCCUGCCGGUCUUGGAUUGGUGGGAGCACUGCGUGCUGUACCAGGUGUACACCAGGUCUUUCAAGGACAGUGACGGCGAUGGCAUCGGGGACUUAAAAGGUAUAAUUGACGAACUGGAUCACUUCGUGGAUUCGGGAGUGGAAGCCAUCUGGCUGUCGCCGAUCUUUGAGUCCCCGAUGGUGGACUUCGGUUACGACAUCAGCAAUUACUACGACAUCCACCAUGAGUACGGAAAUAUGAAAGACUUCGAAGACCUGUUACGAAAGGCUCAUGUAUUGGGUCUAAAAGUUCUCUUGGACAUAGUCCCGAACCACGCAAGCAUUGAAUCCGAGUACUUUCAAAAUUCUGAAGCUGACGAACCUGAGUACAGGGACUAUUUUGUUUGGGCGGAACCAGUGUGGACGGAUAUGGGCAACGAAACUAUACGGCAACCACCUUCUAAUUGGGUGAGUCUCUUCGGAGGAUCAGCUUGGGAGUGGAGUGAAGUUCGGCAAAAGUACUAUCUACACCAAUUCGCGGUCGAACAAGCUGAUUUCAACUUUAGAAACCCAGCAGUGAUGGACGAAAUUAUAAAUAUAAUGAAAUACUGGUUAGACAAAGGUGUUGACGGCUUUAGACUUGACGCGUUACCUUAUCUAGUAGAAGCUUACCCUGAAGAUUUCAACGGUUCAUAUCCAGAUGAACCCCUAAGUGGUAUUUCCAAGUUUAGCUCAAAUCAGCUAGGAUAUACCAUACCAAUACAUACCAAAGACCUUCUGGAAUUGUAUGAUAUAGUUUACGAAUGGAGAAAGUUUGUCGAUGAUUACAAAAUUAAAAAUGGUGGUGACACAAGGGUUCUGUUCUCCGAAGCGUACGCCAACAUUUCAAUGACCAUGCUGUACUACGGAGACGAGGACGGCUCCCUCGGAACCCACUUCCCGUUCAACUUCGGCUUCAUCACGGACCUGAGUGACAAAUCUGACGCUCGGGACUUCGUCUACACAAUACUGAAGUGGCUCACUUACAAGCCCAGUGGAAGCGUCGCUAAUUGGGUGUUUGGCAACCACGACAACAAGCGAAUGGCGAGUCGCUUCCGUGACGACAUGGUGGACGGUCUGAACGCCCUGAACCUCAUGCUGCCUGGAGUGGCCGUCACGUACCAGGGGGAGGAGAUCGGCAUGAGGGACGGGUACGUCUCCUGGCAGGAUACGGUGGAUGUCGAGGCACGGAACAGGGGAAACAAUGACACCUAUCUCCAGUACACCAGGGAUCCGGCUAGGACGCCAUUCCACUGGAACGAUGAUAUGAGUGCUGGAUUCUCUACGAACGAGAAUACCUGGCUUCCUAUAGCUGAUGAUUACACGGAGAUCAACCUCGCUCAGCAGAGAGAGAGUGAUACGAGUCAUUAUAAAGUGUAUCAAACAUUGACCUGUCUCCGCAAAGAACCAACGCUUUCUCAUGGGUUAUACGACAUCAAUACUUUAUCUCGAGAAACCUUUUAUUUAAUCAGAAGACUGAAAGGUCAUGAUUCUUACACUUUGGUGUUUAACGUGGGUGAAGAAGAAGAUGAAGUGGAUUUGAGCAGGAUUCCUCAAUUAGAAUUGCCAGCCAGAGUGGUCACUGCAAGUGUAUUCUCAGAGGUGAUGGAAGGAAAGUCAAUAAAUCAAAGUAACCUGACACUACGGCCCGGCGAAGCACUGGUAUUAAAAACGUCUCCAGUUACGGAUUGUUAAAAAAUAAAACAACCAAAUAAAAU